AUGCUUGUCGCUGACCCAAACUGCAGACAUACAAAGAAGAGGUCCAAGCAGAGAGCUCGAGGCGUAGACAAGGCGCCUGGGCAGAGUGAUACGGAACCAAGACUGAUCAGCUUCAAGGAACAAGUGGAGCAGCUUGUGUUGGAUAACACUCGAGGCCUUGACGAAAUAGAAGACACAUACAAGGAAGAGAUCCAAGCAGAGAGCUUGAGGCGUAGAUAA